CUUCCCAGGCAGGCUGUGUCUUUCUAGCCUUCUGUUCUCCCUCACUGACCUGAGGAAACAGGGACCUGACAGGCUCACUAUGGAUCCCAGAGAGGCCGGUGGGAGUGAGAAGGACAAGGAAAGAAUCAUAAAGAGAAGAAAUCGGCCCGUGUUCCUGCGGUACAUGGAGAGGAGAAAGACGGACACUAUAGUGGCUGAUGACAUGGCCAAAGGUGACGUUAACCUGGGGACGCUGGUGAGGAGGAGUCAGUCUGACAAGACGGAGUACAGCGCUAAACUUAAAGAGAAACUGAUGCCACAUAAUCUGUCAGCUCUCCCCUCUCCGGUGCUGGAUGUGGAAGAGAUCCGGUCAAGAAAGAUGAACCGCAGGGCGAAAGUGAUAAAGGAGCUUGUGCAAACUGAAACGGACUACUUAACUGACUUGGAACUGUGUGUCAGAGAAGUCGUCCAGCCUCUUCGAGUGUUACAGGUUGUUGAUGUAGAUCGACUUUUCACCAACACGGAGACGGUGUGUGAGGUGUCUGCAGCUGUUCUUCACAGAUUGCAUGUGGCCAUGUCUGACUCAGAUCCAGAAGCAGUUGUCAUAGGUGAUGUGUUCAUCCAGGCAAAGGCAGCUUUAGAGGAUGUAUAUAAGAUUUACUGUUACCAUCAUGAUGAUGCCAACAUGUCGCUGAAAGCCUAUGAAAAGGAAGAACAAAUAAAGCAACAUUUUACUACAUGCAUCUUAGCUUUGAAAAAAAUCUAUGACCAAGAAGGAAAACCCAAUUUGUUGGACAUGGGCUCCCUGCUGAUCAAACCAGUUCAGAGGAUCAUGAAGUACCCGUUGCUUCUGGGCGAACUUUGGCAGGCCACUCCUGAAGACCACAUUGACUACCUACCCCUGCAGGAGGCGCUCACUGCUGCCAAGAUCAUAAACGUUAACAUCAAUGAGUUCAGGAGGCGGAAAGACAUAGUUUUGAAAUACAAAAGGUUAGAAAGUGAUGAAGGCACGCUGAGGGGCAAACUAAACAAGAUAAACAUUCACUCCCUCCGGAAGAAAGGAGACAGGUUUGCCGGUUAUCUUAAGAUUCUCACUGGAGUGGAACCACAGGUGAGAGAUGAAAUGUUCGAUAAGGAAGAGAAGCUUUUCAGGAGUCUAGAGAAAGCUGCGAGACAACUGGCCAAGAAUGUCAACUGUUAUGUGCAAUACACUCAGGAGAUGGUGCCUGUGGCUGUUCAGAAUGUGAAGGACAUGGAAAACAUCAUCAAGGAUCACACAAAUGGUUCAUCACACAAGAACGGCAACGAUCCUUAUAAGCACUUUAAAGACAAAACGGAGCAGUUGGUCCUGGCCCCCCUCACCUCUCUGCAGGGUAUGUUCACGGCCCCGCAGAAGCUCAUCCAGAAGCGUUAUGACAAACUGCUGGAUUACUGCUGCCACCUGGAGCGCUCCUCCUCUUUUUCAUCCUCAUCCUCCACCUCUUCGCCAGCAUCAGACACCCCUCCUGGUCCUGCCAAGAGGGACUAUGAAGCCAUCAAUGCUUUGCUAGUGGAGGAGUUGCAGAGGUUUAACAAAGCAGCCUAUACUAUCCUGACAAACUGUGUGCUGUGUCUGGUGGCCCUGCUCAGGGGACUGAUGGGAAAUGCGUUGGUUGGUGCUCCGAAUGUUCACCAGCUGCCUCCUCCUCUGUCAAACAUCAAUGAAGUGCAGAACAGCAUCAUGGAUGAGUUGAACAAUCUGACAUUUGUCAAGGAUAAUGCACAGAAGUUAAUGGAGAGAAAAGUCAGCUUUGAGAGGCAAAGAGACAAGAAAACAGUGGUGCCAGAAGUGCAGCACCAAACAGAGGAACAACGUGACUGGCUGCUGGCAGAGUACCCGCUGAACCGUCUCUACCAGCUGAAGAGGAAGUGUAAUGGCUGCCAGGAGCAGGACCUGAGCCUGCUGGAGGGAGAGCUGGUGGCCCUGUUGGAGGAUACAGACCCUUCAGGCAGCAGCAGCCGUUGGCUGGUGCACACCGGAGGUGACCAAGGCUAUGUCUACUCCACGUUCCUGAAGCAGUACAAUCCCCAGAGGGACUCCCAGCGUGCAAACCAUGACUUUGAUGACCUCUACGUGUUCAUGUCGCCCAGCAGCAGCGGCAGCAUGCGCAGCAUCAGCCUGAACACCACAGACAGCAGCUCAACCCUCUCAGGUCUGCAGGGAGAGCUGGAGAACACUGAAGAACUGGAAGAGUCUGUGGAUGGCGACACCCAACAGUAUUAUGCAGUGUAUGCAUUUCAAGCCCGCUGUGAACAGGAGCUGUCCCUGCAGGAGAACCAGCACGUCAACAUACUGAAGUUUUGUGACCUGGGGGGCAACAAACAGUGGUGGUUGGCUGAGGCCAAUGGUCAGAAGGGAUACGUCCCUGCUAACUACCUUGGCAGAAUGUCCUAUGCAUGAACAUGGAAUGUUUGCUUUUUUAUUAUAGUUUUAUUUUUAAAAAUGGCAAAAAUAAAACUAACCAAAACCAACAAUUAAAAACAAUUCUUAACCAUGACAGCCCCUACAUCCGCUGAUGUUUUUAGUAGUUAAAGGUUAAAUAUUCAUCUAUUUAAAUGUAAUACCAAAGCUAUGUUUAAAAUAGCAGCUACAAAAGCAUGUUUAUUUUCUUAUUGCAUCAGCUUUUAGUACAUUAUUUUAAAUUUAUUCAACAAACAGCCUAUUUAGACGUGUCAUUUCUCAGCCGUAAUGGUUUCUCUUUGUUAUGCUGUGGACUAAAGCGCUCAUACCAUCCAAUGAUGUUCAUAACAGCGUCCGGGAUAAGUUCAUUUAUCACCAUCUAUGGCCAUAACAGGAUAUUUUCGUUAUUUCCAAAGAGAAUAUCAUAUUUUAAGUAGGCGUGGCACAAGGAUCUCGUGUGCAACAGUCUAUCUUAUACAUGAUUGGGUAUUUAUUUUAUUUAUCAAAACCAUUUCUCCACAUAGUGUUGGAGAGUAAUCGACCUGUCUUGUUUUACGGAAAACAUCCUGUUCUCUGCGGGGUGUUUUGCAGUUACCUAAGAUGUCCUCCAUAAUUAUUGGCAGUGCUGGUAAAGAAGUAUUUAGAAGUGCUAAUUGGCUGUUCUGAGGUUUUUAUAACACCAGUUCUGUGAUGUGCAAGCAGUGGAGUUUGCUUUUGUUUAUCUUCCUCGCCACUGUGCAUAGUGGAAAGAUAAAUUUAGGUCCUCAGCCAUUAUUUUUCAAGUUGUUCUACAUCAUAUCUAUAUCUACAGAGUCAUCACUCUGACUGUAGAUAUAGGCAAGUUUAGGCAGCUAUCCGUGUUCUUGAAUCCAUCUCCUGAUUUAUAAAUAUAAAAACACAUCUGGCGUACUCGCAGGGCAUGUUCUCUUGUCUUACCCAUUUGGAAGAGUGGAUAAGACAAAAGCCUCCGUUAUCAUGUCAUAACAAUAGUCCAAGACACAGCAAGUUACAGGUUACUAAUUUAAAUUUAAAACACCCUGAUCAGUGGGAAGAGUAGUCGUCCUGCAAUCCGAAAGGGUUCGAUUCCAGCUUCCUCCAAAUUGUUGAUAUGCCCCUGGGCAAGGCACUUAACCUUGUUACCUACUGAUCUACGUACCGGCGCAUGAGUGAGUGUGAUUGGGUGAAUGUGGCUCCAGUGUAAAGCGCUUUGAGUGGCCGGUAUGACUGAAAAGGCGCUAUAUAAGUUUGGUCCCUUUACCAUUUUAUUUGAACUAUUCUCAAAAAAACUUGAGAUUUGUUCCCCACAUAAUAAAUGUAGUCAAAGUAAAGGUUGGUUUAUUGCUUUUAAUUUUCAGAUUGAUGUUAUGCUACAAAAACAAACACACUUAUUUUGAGUGUUUAUUUUUUUUAUUUUUUAGCUAGACCUUUACCAGUGCCAGUAAGUGUGGAAAGCAGCUUACAUGUUCAGGUUUUAAGAUCAGAACCAGUCUAAGAUCAGGAAGUGCUUUUGUUUAAACAAUAAAGCAAGAUUCACCACUUUAUAUUGCUCCUAUCUAAACUUCUACUCAUAGUUUGUAUUAAAACCGAACAUCCGAAUUUCCACAACUAUGGGAGUUUAAAAGGAAAUCGGUAAUUCCAAUCAAAGUUUGAAUUUGAAAUAUAUGAAAUUCAAUGUUUUUUUGUUUGUGGGUUUUUGUCUUGUUUUGUAAACAUGUUAAAUGUAUGCUUUGUGAAUACUGAAACUGCACUUUGCAAAUGUAAACGUUAUCAGCCGCCAUGUUAAACUGCUUUGUCUUUAUAUGAAUGUAGCGUGAGAGCUCACAUUAGUAUUUAACCCGUCAUUUGGUCUGGAAUAUGAACGAACGUGGAUAAUCAGAUGUAAGUACAGUGCACUUUAGCACUUUUUGUACCUCAGUGUUGUUUAUAUUGAUGAAGUGAUACGAUCAUGAAGUAAUGUAAAAUGUGACCUGAUUUAGAGAUAAUUUACAUGAAUGAAGUAAACCAUGAAGAAUAUUUUUAUGAUUUAAUCAAAAUGUUUUUAUGAUUUCUAUAGUUUCUCUGAAUAUAUCGACUCAUAUUUAAUAAACUAAAUAUCACACUU